CUCAUCUGAGAUGAGAUAAUCCCUUUCCUCUCCUCUCCGUGGGGGUGCUGUGUCCACCUUCGGCCGCCGCCAUGGACAGGAAUGGUGUUAGCCACUAAAAAAAACUAAAUAAAUAAAAGGGCCUCCGCUGGGAACACACAAAGGCCAAGGCGGAGGUGGGGAGGUGCCUGUAGAGCGAUUGGAUUCGUAUAUAAAGAAAAGGUACUCGUAUAUACUAUAUAUGUUGAGUCGAUUUUGACGAGAAGGGAGCCCCUUCCCGAGAGAUUAGGUCUGGUCUGAGGAGAAAAUACGCUCCGCUCCGAUCCGAUAUACUGUCAGCGAAGUAGUUGUCGAUGGCUGCGCUUCGCUAUGCGGCGCGGAAGAUCUGCGGUCGCGCACUACAGCGACCGCGGGUUGUAUAUCCGGCGGUCACAUCGCCGGCUUUGGAGGCGGAGCGGAGGCUGUUGCCCAUGCUUAUCCGUGGCGAGAUGCCUCACAUCUCAUAUACCCGCCACUUCAGUUCCUCCGCUACUCCUCAACCACCCCUUGCCAACAAUAAUAAAUCGAUUUCUGGACAUCGUUUGCCUUGCCCAAAUCCUGCCGCAGAUGCCAAGGUUCAUAACAACAUAGAUCCUGCAAGUCUUGAGACGCUAGUGCAGGAGAAGAAAGACGAGCUGUUCCGUCUGCUACUUCAGAUGGAUCUUCACAAUGGCUCGUGUGAAAAAAGUGCCGAGGAGAACAAAGCCAUACUGAGGCUGCUUCGGCAAUUCCGUGCUGAGACGCGAGAUAAUGGUACCUUGUCCGGUGCUGAUACGAAAAACUUGGCCAAUCGAUACGUCCUACCUGUGUCCAUUAUUUUGAGUGGUAUCAUCAUCGUCGCUCAGGGCCAUUUUAUAUCUCACCUCUGAAAUGGGGGCCCUGCUCGUUCGAAGAAUAAGUUAUCUAACGGUGUGGAUCCCCAUGGUGCGGAGGCUAAAUAUCACCAUGUUAUCUUUUCCUCUUUUUUUUUUUUCAUAUUUUAAGAAAACGAUACCGAUGUGUUCUCUAGUGCUAAUGGUUAGCGAGUUCGCUUGCUGUCAUAACCAAUUCUCUUGUUCGUCUAUGUUCGAAUUGUCAAUGUCUUCUUUCUCUGAAACUAGCGAAGUGCAUGUGCCUUUGCAACAAAUCUAAAUAAAUUGUUAAACAAA